AUGAUUGAAGCCGCCAGUAUUCCGACCGCCCCUGCCAUGGCGGACGCCUCCAAGGGCCUGCAGGCUCUUCGCGAGUCCAAACCCCCUGCGACCGACACUUUCACUUACCUGACCAUCAUCGGCGAGGUCCUUUCUCCUGAGAUCUUGCCAGAGCUCAACGACAUUCUUCGAGAUGCCCAGCUCACCCAGGACAUUGGCUGGGAUCUGGUCGAGAUGCUUGUUCCCAUCCAAGGGAAUGAGCAAUGUCUCGAGACCAUCGCGCAGCUCGGCAACCCCCGUGAGGUCAUUCUGAAGGUGCUGGAGGUCCUCGAGAAGACCGUCGACGAGGCUACCGACGAGGAAGACGACGAGCAGACCACGGCGACCUUUGUUAACCUUGUCGGCAUGCUCAGCAUCCUCCACAAACGGCUUAACGUCGCGCGGCCUUCUCGCUUCGUUCACUCGACCCUCCAGAGCGUCUACCGCACCUAUCACCCCCGCAAUCCCGAAAUGACGGCCGCCGUCAUUGCCCUCAUCCGUUCCUUGUCCGGCGACAAGCGCCCGCCGCUGCCCACACGUCAGUCCAGCAACAAGCUCGACACUCCUUUCAGCAAAAGCGAUCCCACGAAGCAUGCUCCUGAUCCCGAGGCGGGAAAAUCACAACAGCUCGCUCCGACCGAGCCGGCGACGACCAAGCGACUGCUGCAAUCCUUCAUCACCUGCAUAAUCGAAGCCUAUGUCAAUUGCACGAGCAUGGAAUGGGCUUCCCGUCUGCUCGAGUUCUACAACCCGGAACGCGUGGUGGUUCGCAAGAGCAUGUUGCGCGCCUUCAAGGAGGACGGUAACUUUUUGGCGAGGGACGCUCUGGUUGGCCAGUUGGUGGCACUUGCAGGAGAUCUCGGAUUAACUCGAGUGCAUGAUCUGUCUGUCAAGGAAAUCUUCGAAGGUUCCAUCGUCCACAGCCCCCUGUCCAUCGAAACCGAUGCUCUCAGCCCUGAUGCCAUCAAGCUUUCCACCGGGGGCGUUUGGUGUCUCGUCGCAUACUGGCUCUUCUCGGCAGAGGUUUUCGACGCCGACUAUGAACAGAUUCAGAUGACAAUGUUCCCGGACCACAUGAAGCUCUUGCAGGGCUUCCUCGGCGACGACCCUCAAGCCCGCAUUGUUGGAAACCCAGGGACUACCGAAGCUCUGGUGGUCAUGGGCCUGUGGCUCGAAAACUACAAGCGCAUAUCAACAACUGAUGGCAGCGGGGACUUCAUGGUCUAUCACCAUCUGCUGACGCUGGUGUCCGUCUUCCAUCCGUCUCUUUCCGUACGGAACGUGGCGACAUCUCUCGCCGGUCUCGUCCUGCACGACGACCCCGACGACAGCGAUCGUCUCAAGAUCUUGGAGGACCUCCUCGAGAACUGCAUCUUCUCCGCUCUGCAAGCCUCUGCGGUGACAUGGUUGCGAGAGGAGAUCAUAAUUGCCCAGAAGCGCAAGCUCAAGAACAGAUUUGCAACCACGGAUGCUGUCGAAACCCUGCAGUACGCGUUGUUCCCGAACCUGGCCUUCCUCAAGGACCAAGACGCCACCGCUCUCUGGGAAUACUGGGUGCAGAACUUCCCCUUCCACUUACAGCUCGCCAACUUUGCCUACUUCCUAUUCUCCGGAGCCGGCUUCCACCACUUGGUACCGGCAAGCAUGCCCGGUGCUGUCGAGCAGCGAUACGUUGAGCCGCUGCUGCAUGCGGCCAAGACUCUUCAGACGGCAGUCGAGAAGAAGGAGAUCGACGACCAGGGGCAAGGCGGAGAGGUGGUAACGCAACUCGAGAUCUUGACCAUGCGGUUAAAGAGUCUUCCUUUGCAGUGA